AUGUCAAAAGAUUCCAAAGAAAAUCCUCCCGUUACCCAAAUUAUUACUCUCCCCUUCCCUCCAAUUAUCACCGCGCAAGAUGUUCUUGACAGAAGAUCGUCUGCAAGAGCUUUGACGAAAAGUCCAAAUGCCUUCUUCGUCUAUAGGAAAGCCUUUGUCUAUUAUUUGCAAAUUUGUAAUUACAAUCUUAAAAUGCGUGAUGUGUCUUCAAUGGCGGGAUUAUCUUGGAAAGCGGCCUCAAAUGAAGUUAAGGACGCUUACAAAAAAAUUUCCCGUGAAGUUGAAAAACAUUUGGCUGCACAACGCAAGAAGAAGGUAGAAGAACCAAGCAAAAAUCAAGAAAGUCUUAGCCAAAGGCCAGUUCUUUUAGAGACCCCCUAUCAAGUUCAUAGUUCUUCAACUCCUUACUUGCCGCAACAACCCCCACCUUUGUCGGAAGAAGCCUGGAUUACCAUUUCCAACCAUAAUCAGCAUUUUCAACCAAGACAAGAAAUCAAUUAUGACUUUUCACCUCAAUAUAACGAUUUGUCUCAACUCGCCGAUUAUUUUGAUAUCGAUAAUUUUGUCUUUUUGACCUCGGAACAACAGUUUACUCCAAGGUUUUAA